AUGGACGGCUUCUUUACCCCGGUCAGCACUACCUACCUCAAGGCAAGGCCAGACGAACCCUUUUUGGAAGAAUCAGCCACAAGCAACAAGCCUCAAUCGUCGAAACCCGCUGCUAUCGAAACUCUCUCUGUAGAGAAUGCUCUAGAGACUCUAAAGAAUCAGCCAGAUUAUGACAAUCUGAUUGGGGUCCUCAAGUCCCUCACUGAUGGCAGUGUUGCUGCAACAGGAUUCAGGCUUGCCACGCCUAGUCCCGAGGCUGCGCAAAUUAUUCAGUGUCUCGUCUCGGAGAUUGUUUCCAACUACUGGCCUUUGCUCAAAGAAGAUGCUUCCGGAGGAUCUGGUAUACACGAUGUCGAUAGCCCAAAAGACGUCGAGUUGCUGCUCAGGUGCUUGAGAAGUGUUACGGGUCUCAAUGCCAUCAUCACCCGUAUGAAGGCCUUGAUCCAAGAGUCCAAGUCGAGCGCCAAGGAUGUGAAACGUCCAGAUCUAAGCCUAAACCUGAACGUGCUACUCGAGGUCAGCUCAGCAGUAUUGGGUGGGGACGACUAUCUUGCUGCACUAUGGGCGUCGAGCAGCGCUGGGCUGGAGUCUGCGGCGAGAAGACGACCGAUGGCGAAUGAGUUCAUGGCACUGGUAGCCGGUGGACGACUCAUUUCAGUUGCAGCCGAGGCAGAUGCCAUUGCCAACCCGGACAAAAUCAACAAGAAUCAACUUUGGAUCGCAGACGGUCAACAAUACAGCAGGUGGCUGGGACGAAGUGUCGGGGCGUGGGCGAAGGGUGAUAACUCGUCUGACGAUGUGAAGCUAUAUGCCCUGAUGAAGCAGUUCAUCAACGAACUUCUGUUAGGCCCCGAGGAAAGCCGAAACGCCUUCUUCAAGCUCUUUGGUCAAUUCUCUCAACUCGAGCAGAAGCGGGUAAUCUUUGCUGUUCUCAAGCACUUGUCGGAGACGUUUCUCAAUAAGCUGGGCGAUGUCGAACCUAUGAAGUCGAACUCGGCUGUAUCCGCUGCGACUGGCAUCAUCGAGAUGAUACUCUCCAACGAAGAAAGCCGAAAGGCACAUUUGAUCUCUUGGUUGACCAGCUCAACUGGUGCCGGCCUGGGAGAUGGCAUAGGUAUCAGGCGCGCAGCCAUAGCGGCGCUUGCACAAGACAGAGAAUGCGUCACUCAGGUAUUUGAGAAGAGCCUUCACCAGUUCGGCGAUCAGCUAUAUAUUAAGCACUCUCCCAUCAUGCAGCAGCAAGCUCAUGCACAAGUUCUUCUACUAAGCGCUAGUUAUGUCAACAAGCUCUCACCCCUCAAGCUUAAGAUGCUCAUGCGAUCUCCAAGCUACCUCAACACCGUGUCCAACCGGAUCGGCGCCUCGCAAGAGAGGGCUAGGUUCUUGGGUAUGGCAGUGGGCGAGGCCCUCUCAAGUCUCAUCGACGGUGGUGACAAGAAACUGGACUUCAAAAUGGAGGAAAUGGCAACAGACGAGGCCCAAUUCUACAAAGAUCUCGUCAAAACGCUGGAUAGUGCAGGACCUAUCGAUCCAUUGAUAAUCACCCCCGAGGUGGAGCAGAAGAGACAGACGCAAUCACCAGUACCCUCCCGCCGAAAGCCAGCACCAAAACCCAAGCAAACACCCGCGCCCUCAAAGUUCAUCAUACAAGAAGUCUCAGACUCCGAAAGCGAGGACAAGGAUCUCAUACCCUACGCUAAGCCCACCGACGAUGCAGAAGACUCAGACGAAGAUGCCACGCUCGUCCGCCGCGACAAGCCAAAAGCCCCAGUCUACGUCCGCGAUCUCAUAACCUACCUCCGCGACACUGACAACUACGACAAGCAGAAACUGGCCCUUACCACGGCCCCAUCCCUGAUCCGCCGCAAAGCGAACUUUGGCACAGAGGUCUCCUCCCACGCAGAUGAGCUCGCCACGCUUCUCGUCGGCCUCCAAGACAAGUUCGAGAUUGAGAACUUCAAUGACCUGCGUCUUCAGGGCAUGAUAGCCAUCGUCGCAGCACAGCCGCAGAAAAUGGGCCAGUGGUUCGCAAAGACCUUCUUCGACGGUGACUACUCCAUCUCCCAGCGCGCCGCGGUCCUCAUCGUCCUCGGCCUCAGCGCCCGCGAGCUCGCCGGCUUUGACACCUCGGAAUACGCCGCCGCCGCCUCGUUCCCCUCCAAACGCCUCCCGGAGAAGAUGGAAGCGCUCUACCUCGACCCGUCCACCGCCCAAGCCCGGCUCGCCUCCUCAUCGAACCUCAAGGCCAUCCCCGCCAACGCACUCGACACCAUCGCCGACUCUUUGACAUCCUCCUUCCUCGCCCCCAUAGCUGCUAACGCAGCAGACGCAACAACAGGACCAGACAUCCUCAAGCUUUCGACCUUCACGUCCCGCCUGCCCUCAAAGUCCACCAAGAAACCCGGCAUCCGCUCCAUCCCCAACACGACGGCCUCCCUGCUCGCCACCUCCUUCUUCUUCCCUUUGACGGCCCGCUUCCAACACGCCCUGCGCUCUCACUCGGCCCGCUCCGGCAUCUUCAUCCAGCCGUACCUCCUCUCCCUCUACCUAAAGACCCUGGCAGUCCUCGUCCACGCCGCGGGACCCGCGACGCUGGCCCUCCCGCAGAUGACGGCCGAGCUCUGGGAUCUUCUGUUAGGUAUCCGCGCCCACGUCAACGGCGAUGUGCCCGCAACCCACGCGCUACUGGUGGCGCUGGCGGCUAUGCUCGAAGUCAAUGAGGCGUCUGAUAUGCGGCGCUUGUGCGAGGCGCAUCCACGCGAGGUUAACGAGACGCAGGAGUGGGUCAGCGGUAUCUUCAACGGCACGCGCGGCGAAGAUGGCGGGGAGGAGAAUAACGUGAAGAUGCUCUCUGCCGCGGUGCUGAUCAAACUGCAGGAGGCGACGGAGAAGUAUCGGGCCCUGCUGCUGGGCGAUAUGAUAGGUUUCUCAUAG